AUGAAGUCUCGGCAGAAAGGCAAGAAGAAGGGUGGCUCGAAGGAGCGGGUGUUCGGGUGUGACCUACAGGACCACCUGCGGCUCUCGGGCCAGGAGGUGCCCCAGGUGCUGAGGAGCUGUGCGGAGUUCGUGGAGGAGUACGGCGUGGUGGACGGCAUCUACCGCCUCUCGGGGGUCUCCUCCAACAUCCAGAAGCUCCGGCAGGAGUUUGAGGCGGAGCGGAAGCCAGACCUGCGGCGAGAUGUUUACCUCCAAGACAUCCACUGCGUGUCCUCGCUGUGCAAGGCCUACUUCCGGGAGCUGCCCGACCCGCUCCUCACGUACCGCCUCUACGACAAGUUCGCUGAGGCGGUGGCAGUGCAGCUGGAACCUGAGCGCUUGAUCAAGAUCCUAGAGGUGCUUCGAGAACUCCCCACCCCAAACUACAGGACCCUGGAGUUCCUCAUGCGCCACUUGGUGCACAUGGCCUCCCUCAGUGCCCAGACCAACAUGCAUGCCCGCAACCUGGCCAUCGUGUGGGCCCCCAACCUGCUGAGGUCCAAGGACAUCGAGGCCUCGGGCUUCAACGGGACAGCAGCCUUCAUGGAGGUGCGUGUGCAGUCCAUCGUGGUGGAGUUCAUCCUCACGCACGUGGACCAGCUCUUCGGGGACACUGCCCUCUCUGGUGGGGAGCCGGAGAGUGGAUGGCGGUCCCUCCCUGGGCUCCGGGCGUCCAGCAGUCCCGAGGACUUUAUGCCCAGGUCGCUGCCCUACCACCUGCCCAGCGUCCUGCAGGCUGGCGAUGGCCCCCCGCAGCUCCGGCCCUAUCACACCAUCAUUGAGAUCACAGAGCACAAGAGGAAGGGCUCUUUGAAGGUCAGGAAGUGGAGAUCUAUCUUCAAUCUGGGUCGCUCUGGCCAUGAGACCAAGAGGAAAUUCCCACGGGGGGCUGAGGACAGGGAGGACAAAUCUGACAAGGGGACCCUGCGGCCAGCCAAGAGCAUGGACUCCCUGAGCGCCGUGGCCGGGGCCGGUGACGAGGCAGAGGCAGAAGCAGAGGCAGAGGCAGAGGCAGAGGCACUGCGGGCCCCCAGCAGCCCCCGGCCCAGCCCCCGGGCACCUGAGAACUUGGAGGAUGACUCUGCAGAGGCAGCAGAAGGUGAACCGGAGCCCGAGGCAGGGGCCCCGGGCAGCACCAGCUCCGAGCCAGGAACGCCGCGCCCCGGGCGGUCAGCGGUCCGUGCUGGGGGCGGCAGCCGGGCCGAGCGCUGUGCCGGCGUCCACAUCUCAGACCCGUACAACGUCAACCUCCCGCUGCACAUCACCUCCAUCCUCAGCGUGCCUCCCAACAUCAUCUCCAACGUCUCCUUGAGAAGGCUCACCCGCGGCCUUGAGUGCCCUGCCCUGCAGCCCCGGCCGAGCCCCGCCUCUGGCCCCUGCCCGGGCCCUGGGCCCCCAGAGGAGAAGUCCGAGGCGAGUCCAGCCCCAGGCCCCCUGGCUGACUCCGGCCCAGCAGCCUUGGCCGCUGCCCUGGAGGAUUGCCUGUCCCAAGAGGUGCAAGAUUCCUUCUCCUUCCUGGAGGACUCCAGCAGCUCAGAGCCUGAGUGGGUGGGGGUGGAGGACGGGGACGCGGCCAAGGCAGGAGCGGCAGGAGCGGCAGCAGCCUUCUCUCCUGGGGAGGACGACCCUGGGAUGGGCUAUCUGGAGGAGCUGCUGGGAGCUGGGCCUCAGGUGGAGGAGUUUUCCGUGGAGCCGCCCCUGGAUGACCUGUCUCUGGAGGAGGCGCAGUUUGUCCUGGCUCCCAGCUGCUGUUCCCCGGACUCCAUGGGGCAAGGGCCUGAGGCAGAGGACAAUGGGGAAGAAGUCUUCCUGAGUGCCUAUGAUGACCUAAGUCCUCUUCUGGGGCCCAAACCCCUGGCCUGGGAGGGUCCGGGACAGGCUGAGGGGGUGCAGGCAUGCUGGGAAGUGGAGGAGGACAAGGAGAUGGAGCCUGGCAGCAGAUGGGACAUCAGGGAGGAGGCUGAGGGAAGUCCAGAGAACAAGGUGGAGAUUGGAGAGGCAGGUGAAGAAGGCGGGGAAGCAGAGGUGAGCCAAGAGCUGACAAUCAGUUUGAGGGAAGGAAGUGGGAAGGAGACAGAGGCCAAGGAAGAGUCCAGAGGCCGGCAGGAGGGUAAGAGCAUGGAGGAAGCUGAGGGUGUGGAGCAAACCGGAGGGCCAGGUAAAGACGUAAAGCCUGAAAGACGGGGAGAGGCUGAGGAAGGAGAGGGCGCCCAGGUAGACGCUGGAAGGGACCCAGAGCAGGGGGCCCAGGAAGUGCAAGCUGCUGGGGAGAGCUGGGAUGCUGUCCACACCCAAGCGGCUGGGGAAGGCGGAGAGGGUGAGGAUCAUGUCAAAGGGCAGAGGGAGAACAGAGACCAGGAUGGCAGAGAAGACCAAGGGGAUGGUGAAGACAGCGCAGAAGCAGCCCAAGGAGCAGCAGAGGCCAGCAGGGAGCGGGAGAGCGGGGAUGGAGAGGCGGAGGGAGCGCAGGAGGCUGGAGACCAUCAAGAAGGGGGCUUCCUCCUUGGAGGGUCGCAUGUAGUGUCCCUAGAGGCUGAUGAUGCCAAAGAGGGCAGUGCCCAGGCCUCUGAGACCCAACAGGCAGCCCCACAGCCCCCCCGGCCAGAGGAGAUGGAGCCUGAGGGGCAGCCCAGUCCAGAGGGCUGCCAUCUGUGCCCCUGUCCCCUCAGCUCGGCUGGCAGUGUGGGCAUGCGCCUGGCCUCCACCCAGGUUCAGGUCCAACAGGUCCGCUCUGUGCCGGUGGUGCCCCCUAAGCCACAAUUUGCCAAGAUGCCCAGUGUAAUGUGUAGCAAGAUCCACGUGGCACCGGCAAACCCCUGCCCAAGGCCUGGUCGGCUGGAUGGGACUCCUGGGGAAAGGGGUUCCGGAGCCUCUCGGUCCUCUUGGAGGAACGGAGGCAGUCUUUCCUUCGAUGCUGCUGUGGCCCUGGCCAGGGACCGCCAGCGAACUGAGGUGCUGGGGGUGUGGCGGACCCAGACCUGUGCCAGGAGUGAGGACUACAGCCUCAUCCCCAGAACCUCUCCCUGUAGCAUGCUCCCUGCCCUUUCCCCUCGGCCCCUCAGCUGCCUAGAGCUCCCACCUGAAGGCACAGAAGGGUCUGAACCCCGGAGCCGGUUUAGUCUACCCCCCAGAGAGCCCCAGCCUCCUCAGCCCCUCUUGCCCCCACAGCGCCGAUCAUAUGCGUUUGAAACGCAGGCGGACCCUGGCAGAGGUGAGGGACUAUGA